UCUCUCUCUCUCUCAGUCUGUCUCUUAUCUCUCUCUCACUCUCUCUCUCUCUCCUCCCGCCUCCGUGUCGUCAUGGUGACGCGCACUCAUACCUGAGCACGCGGGUGACAGGGAUGAUGAUGAUGAUGAUGAUACUGCCGCUGCCAUGGCAACAGACCUUCACGCGCUCACACAUUGAUUUCAUAUUUAUUUAAUACCACGUUCGUCCUUCAGUCAGGCGGGAUCCGGAAUCCGACGCUGCGAGCGCGUGAAGCUCAACAAGUGACGGGGAUGGACGCGAAGGAGCGACGCGACGCGAAGCGCGCUGGAUAAUCGCGCGUUUCAGAAAGAAUCUCUCAGCUGCGGCGCGUUUCUCAUCCGAUUCUCCUGUUGCGCAUCAGAUGAUGAGGAUGAUGAUGAUGCGCCUUCACGCGUCUGACUGACCGGUGUGUGUGUGUGUGUGUGUGUUUGCUCAUCGUUUUUAUAUAAGCGCGUUUGUUGAGCGCGACACAUCACCGUGACAACCAGAGGCGGGAAUCACCGAAUCACGGAGAUGCUGGCCGGUGUCGGUGCGCUUCGGAGCGCCUGGGCCUCAAGGACACGGAGAGAUGAGGAGAAAUGACGGACGGCGCGUGAAGACGAGCGCGUCAAGGACGAACGGAGCGUCAAUUCAAGGGCGUUCGAACGCGAUGAGGAGCCGUCGGAGGGCAGCGCGGCGCGGCGGGGCGAGGCGUCCUCCGGAGGAAGCGUGAAGGAGAAUAUCCGUCACGCUGAGGUCAAACCGACUGUGAGCUCGUUCUGACCGAUCAGAGACCGGUGUUUAUCUGAUAGAAGAGCUACUGUGUGUGUGUGUGUGUGUGUGUGAGUGAGUGAGUGUGUGUGUGUGUGUGUGUGUGUGUGUGUGAGAGAGAGAGAGUGAGUGAGUGUGUGUGUGUGUGUGUGUGUGUGUGUGUGUGUGUGCGCUGGCAUGGAUGGUGGCACCGGGGCUUCCGUGCGGAACGGAGACUCUAAGCGGCGCAGUAAGAGCAGCCUGCCGUCUCCCGGUUACCGUCUCUCCCAGGCGUCUCUGGAGGGCGACCGCCGCCUCUCCAUCAUGAGUUCCACGCGUGACACCGGCCCGUUUCGACCGGGCACCGCCGCCGGAACCCCGACCACCCCUCUGCCGCACGCCGGUUCCGCGCCGCCCACCGUGCAGCGCUCCGUGGGCUUCGCCUCCCGAGCCGCUCUGGCGUCCUCCUCCUCCUCCGGCACCGGGAUGGUCGUGGUCGCCGCCGGACCCGAGACCACCACCACCACCACGGCGGCCGGGACACCGGAGACCGGACCGGGGCUGGACGGCGAGGAUUACAGCUACUCGAACCAAUCCACCUUCAUCCAGAGGCAGUUCGGAGCCAUGCUGCAGCCCGGCGUCAACAAGUUCUCGCUCCGCAUGUUCGGCAGCCACAAGGCCGUGGCUCUGGAGCAGGAGAGACUCAGAUCAGCAGGAGCCUGGAUCAUACACCCCUACAGCGACUUCAGGUUUUGCUGGGAUCUCCUCAUGCUGAUGCUGAUGGUGGGAAACCUCAUCAUCCUCCCGGUGGGAAUCACCUUCUUCAAGGAUGAGAACACUCCUCCGUGGAUCAUCUUUAACGUGGUGUCGGACACACUCUUCCUGGUGGACCUGGUGCUGAACUUCCGCACCGGGAUCGUGAAAGAGGACAGUACGGAGAUCCUGCUGGACCCCAAGGCCAUCCGCCAGCGCUACCUGAAGAGCUGGUUCCUCGUGGACUUCGUGUCCUCGAUCCCGGUGGAUUACAUCUUCCUGAUGGUGGACCUGGAAGCUCACCUGGACUCAGAGGUGUAUCGGACGGCCCGAGCGCUGCGGAUCGUUCGAUUCACCAAGAUCCUGAGUCUGCUGCGCCUGCUGCGUCUGUCCCGACUCAUACGCUACAUCCACCAGUGGGAGGAGAUCUUCCACAUGACCUAUGACCUGGCCAGCGCGAUGGUGCGCAUCGUCAAUCUGAUCGGCAUGAUGCUGCUGCUGUGUCACUGGGACGGAUGUCUGCAGUUCCUGGUGCCCAUGCUGCAGGACUUCCCACCCGACUGCUGGGUCGCCAAAAACAACAUGGUGAAUGACACGUGGGGCAUCCAAUACACGUUCGCACUAUUUAAGGCCAUGAGUCACAUGCUGUGCAUCGGUUACGGCGCUCAGGCUCCAGAGGGAAUGACGGACGUCUGGCUCACGAUGCUCAGCAUGAUCGUGGGCGCGACCUGCUACGCCAUGUUCAUCGGUCAUGCCACGGCCCUCAUCCAGUCCCUGGACUCCUCACGCCGACAGUACCAGGAGAAGUAUAAGCAGGUGGAGCAGUACAUGUCGUUCCAUAAGCUUCCAGCGGAUGUCAGGCAGAAGAUCCAUGAGUAUUAUGAACAUCGAUACCAGGGCAAGAUGUUUGACGAGGACAACAUUCUGGGAGAGCUGAGCGAGCCCUUAAAGGAGGAAAUUGUUAGCUUCAACUGCCGAAGCUUGGUGGCUAACAUGCCUCUCUUUGCUAACGCCGACCCAAACUUCGUAACAGCAGUGCUGACGAAGCUGAAGUUUGAGGUGUUCCAGCCCAAUGACUUCAUCAUUCGCGAGGGAACUGUCGGUCGUAAAAUGUAUUUCAUCCAGCAUGGACGGGUCAGUGUACUAACUCGUGGCAACAAGGAGACCAAGCUCAGCGAUGGGUCAUACUUUGGAGAGAUCUGUCUGUUGACGCGCGGCAGGAGGACAGCAAGUGUCCGAGCAGAUACAUACUGUAGACUUUACUCCCUCAGUGUGGACAGUUUCAAUGAGGUUCUGGAAGAGCAUCCCAUGAUGAGACGGGCCUUCGAGACGGUGGCAGCGGACAGACUCGAUCGCAUCGGUAAGAAGAACUCGAUUUUGUUGCGCAAGACCUCACAGGGAGGCUCUGUAGCAGGCAGCAGUUUGGGACGGGGUGGAGGGAGCCGCGGAGGAGGAGCAGGAGGCGCCGGUCUGGGUUCUUGUGACAGUGUUCUGGUCCAGCAGAUCGUGAAGCAUGAUAGCAUGCCUACCAUGCAGGACUUCGCCGCUGGCACCCGAGGCAGCACGGGAGGCACGGUCUCACCCCGACCUCAUCCAGUGAUCUGGGCACCGCUGGUUCACGCUCCCCUCCAGACAGCCGCUGCCACCACCAACGUAGCCAUUGCCUUGAUGCAUCAGCAACAGCAGCAGCAACAGUUGCAGCAGCAGCUACAACAGCAACAUGCCCUUGGAGCUGCCAUCUUCCUUCCCUCCGCUCUUCCCAUCUCGCCAUCACCCUCGUCCUGCCCGCUUUCUCCUCCCCGUCCGCCCAUACUACACUCUCGGCAGUCGCUCAGCUCUCUCAUCGGCGUAAUGGGCGGGAUGCCCCCCCGAGGAGUCCCGUCUUCUGUAACUCCUACACCCUCACCCUCCACUAUUGGACCGAACGCUGUGGGCAUAGCUCCUUCAGGGGGUGGAGUUACAAAAACUCCUCCUACACCUGCCUCGUCAGUGCCCGCCCCCCUGCAGGCUGGAAGAACACUUCAUUACAGUCUCCGCCUCCACACAGAGCCCACAACAUCACUUGUCCAUAAAGUCCCUCCUCCCUCUUCAGCAGUGGCGGCAAUGUCCAUCGAAGGGCGCAAUGUUGCCUCCGCUCCGCAGGGUGCCAAAGAGGCUUUACUGCGUCAUGUUGGAGGAGGUAGCACCCAGGGCCUCCCCAUGAUUGGUCGGCUUACUCAGGAGGCCAGACUGCUCUCCGCCUCCCAGCCGACUCUCCCCCAUCGCAGCUGGGCGAGCGUGCAACCUCACCCGCCUCUACAUCGUAAAGCAUCCGGAGGAAACCUGCUUCCGGCACCCUUCGUUUUGUCGUCAGGACUUGCUAGAGGAGGAAGCGCAGGUGUUUUGAGCUCAAACGUGCCUGGUGCCACACAGGCACCGACACAAACACCCCUGCUGUUGGCACACACACCUCCACUCACAUCAGCUCCAGGAUCAGUUCUUGCCCCCUUCUCGUCCUCCCCGAAGCAAACUCCUCUUUGUUCAACCAACCCUCCUUUAUCCCUUGUUGCCACAUCUUCUGGUCUAGGGGUUCCUCAAACCCAGCGAGCCAAACCAGGCACUGCGAUACCUACUCCUCCUUCAACCUCUCCUCCUCCUUGCCUACUCCCUCCUUCUCCCUCUCAGUCCACCUCCACCUCUCCAACUUCAUCUUGCGGCAUCCCUUUGGCUCAGAAUUCCCGUACCAAAUCCUCUCAGACGCCUCCUCCACCGUCCCCAUUAUCCUGCACCACCAACUCAACACCCACCAUCACUCCUUCUCAAACCCCCACCCCAACUCGAACCCCAACCCCUGUUCAAACCCCUAUUCAGACCCCCACCCAAUCUAGAACACCAGUGGCCAUCCAAACACAAUCCCAGAGUCGGUGUCCAACUCCUGUCCAGAUCACAGCAGCUGCACAAACUCCGACCUCAACCUCCGUUCAGAGUCCGCUUCCCGCCCAGACUCCAAGUAAACCUCUGAGUUCCACCCUGAGCCAGAGCGCUGCUGUCCAGAUGCCAGCUGCCGUCCAUGUUCUUGGUCCUCCUUCGACUUGUUCUGCAGUCUCCAGUCAAUCCCAAACCUCAACUGCCAUACAGACUCCGAGCCCUUCCUGGAGCCCAGGCUCUCCCAUCAAUACCCCAGCCCAAAGUAGACCGUCAACCCCUGUUCUGACCCAAUCACAGGCACAAGCUCCACCGGCUAAAGCCUUUGCUGCUGCACCAUCACCUUCUCCCUCAUCAACUCCAUCUCCAGCUGCUUCACAGCCACAGAAACCCGCUGCUAGCCAGACUCAGACCUUAAACAUUCUGUCCACACCAACCUUAAGUCCAUCAUCCAUUCCUGCUUCCACUGCCUCCUCAUCUACAGUCCACCAAUCCAUCUCAGCUUCAACAAAAGAGGCUAAGAAAUAGCAGGACUUGCCUCAGACGCAGAGAGAUUCAGAGACAAAAAGACAAAAUAUCCUGCUAACAUGUGAGGAGGAUGGUGGAUGCUGGAAAGAGGCUCAUAGUUUAUCCGUGGUGAGUUCCGGAGAUGAGAUAUCACGUGUCAGCUGUAUCAGUUCAGGCUCUGCAGGUUCCAUGAGCAUGCUGUGUGCAUUCGACCCUCUCUAGUCUUGACCAUGAGAAGGUCUAACAUCCCUGACUUUACAUCUAAUCAAGGUAAAAACAAAAGAGCAGAAUAUGAUUGGCUCAAAAAUAGAACUAGAGUCUCUGUGUUGUCCAGGUCAUCUGGGAAUGUCAGGUAGAAUAUUUUUGUAGUCCUGCUGAAAAGACCAGAUUGAAUUGCAGCAGUCUGACUGGUGAACCAAUGUAUUCAUGUUGAUCACCAGCAAAACAUGCGAGAUACAGUGGAUUCCAACCCUGCUUGUAGAGCCCCAAACGCUGCACAUUCUGCAUGUUUCACACCUGAUUGAGGUCAUCGGCUCUUCAGUAGAGACUCCAAGGUCUGAAAUGGGUGUAUCAGACAAAGGAGACAUUGAAAAUGUGCAGUGUUUGGGGACCUCCAGAAACAAGGACGGGAACCACUGUGCUAGAGAACCAGCAUGAUCUUUCUACAGAGGCCCUGAAGUGAUACUUGAGUAUAAAUGCUGGUCUUUUCAAGAGGGAUCUGGUAAAUUAAUGCUUUUAAUCUUUCACAGAAUAGAUGCACAUUCUGUCAUUUGCCAAAAAUGUCUUAAAGGGAAUGUAACAACUGCAAAACUGCCACUACUUUUAAGAUGCAUUUGCACAGCCUUGUAAAGAUAAAAAAAAAUAUCAGAACACCAGAGACCGUUUUAUAAGAUCAAAACCAUUCUAGACAUAUAACAUCACCUCCAGAACACAAAUAGCAUUUUCAGAUCAGAUCACCUACAACCUGGAGACUAUAAAAUGACAUCUCGCUAGGGAAUUACCAUCACACCUUCUGUCAUUGAAUAUUAGUGACUAAACUUUGUCACAGGUUUAGAACUAUAGCAAAUCUUUUUGCACUUUAGUUCAUGAGUCUAAUGUAAAGUGGCACCAUACUGGAAUAAUACAUUCUGAGUUUGGAAAGAAGUCUCGACAGAGCGAAUCGGUGUGGAUUUAGUGUACACUGCCUGUAAACUAUAAAUGGUGCAUUGUACAUAGUGUGUUAAGCAGAAAAAUAAUUUCUACAUGAAAAACAGAAACUACAAUUUUAACCAGUUUUGUGUCCUUGUGUUUUGUCGUUCUCUUUGUCAAACCGUUAGCCAGUGAUUACCUGAUCAGUAUGCAAAUCAAAAGAAUUAAAAAUCAAAAUUAAAAUCUCACCGCCUUGAGACGCGAGUGAAAAAUGACCAAAGGACAUAUUUAGGGAAUCAAACGAUGAAGCAAUGCUACAGGAUUUAUUGUGUGAAUUGAUUUUGGCUUUAUAUUCUCAUAGGAAAAUAGAACUUUAGUUGCUAUGGCUAGUUUCCAUUUGGUGCUUCCAUUGAUGCAAGAAUAUAUAUGUGGAUUCCCUAAAGGGACACUGUGAUGGAACAAAAUGAGAUUGCAUUUCAGUGCUUUUGCAUUCUCUCACAAAAUAUUGACAUUGAUCUAAUGUGUGAGGCUUUUGGUUAAAGCGUUUAGUGUUAUUUUACUGACGGCCAGUGUCGGCAUCCUCAGAAACCCCAAAACCUGAGCCUGCAUAAACUGACUGAUGUUUAAUAUCUGACAAUAUCAACCUUGAUUUCCAGCUUCUCCCCUAUCGUCUCUUUUUUAAUCACCAAAGUGUAAGAUUUGCCCAUUAUAUAACUAAUAGUUAGCAUCACAGAUGUGACGAUACUUAAUUAAAUAACUGUAAAGAAUAUAUAUAUAUCAAAAUAAUUCUUUUGAUAAAAGAUAGAAGAAAUCCGUUAGUAGUUUGUCGUCUCAGGUGUUUGAUGUUAGUUUUGGACAAUAUGACUAUAACGUUCAUAUUCUCACUCUACUGUAACUGAACUAGUGUUUUGUUUUGAUUGUGUGUUGCACUAAACAGCGAGCGCACAGCAGCGCUUUAGUUCUCUGCCUCUCUCCGUCCGUUGGUGUCACCACACUCAUCCGACGCUUCAUGGUCUUUCAUCUGGACCAGAGCAGCUUUCAUCUUUCUCUUGCUCUUGUACUGUAGCCGCUUCCCUUCAGUCACACACACACACACACCUCCCAGUAUGCAUCUGUCAUGUUGUGCCCAGUGCUGUUCCUUAGUGUUUUGUGCCGAUAGUGAGAUUAUGUCUAAUUUCCCCUUCAAUACCAUGAUGCCUAGACUGCACAUUUAAGGACCAAAUGUUUAUUUUUAUUUGUUCUCACAGCUUUAGCUUUUGAGAAGAAGGAAAUAAUAGUCUAUAAUGAUAAAUACAAUGACAUAUAUAGGCCAGUUCACACUGCACUGACAGACACUGACAGAACGAAACAGACACUUUACUCGGGUUUGGUUGUUACCCGUCGGUGUCUGUCGCUGUUGGUUGGCGCUUGUUUUUGCCAAUUGAAUCGGUGUUUGUUGGGUUUUGGAAAGCGUGAGAAUGAUGUACUGUAAUCGGCCGGCUGUCGGUGCGGUGUGAACUGGCCUUAAGAAAAAUAAUGAAGAACAUGUGAAAAAUGAUUUUUGC